CACCUCACUUGUUUUCUCCGCAACCAACACUUGCAUCCUCAUUGUUCCAAUCAGCAGCAUCAGCGGCAUGUCCUCGGCCCUGAUCUCCUACGCUCCCUGGCUAGGAUGGGCCUUUCUCCCCUCUCUCGCUACAAAGUACCUCUUAGACGCCCUCUAUACCUCGCAUCUCCUGCCCCGGCCUACAACUCCACAACAGGCCCACAGCCACGCAACCCGCACGCGGAUUCUCCUCAUCGGUGCCUACUUGGCCUAUCAAUUCAGCACAUCUCUCUCCUCGAGCGAGCCAACAGCGUAUCGCCUCCUCGACGUAGAUGUAGAGGCCGACGUGGAGGUAGUGAAGCGUUCCUUCCGUCGACUGGCAAAGGUGCAUCACCCAGAUAAGGUCGGGCCGAGUGGGGAGCGCUUCUUCAUUGCUCUCAGAAGAAGCCAUGAUGUCCUCACCGACUCAGUGCGACGUUUCGCCUACGAUCGAUUUGGAAUCGCUGUACUGGAUUGGCGAGGGGCGCUUACAGUGAGGGAAUACAUGGUCAUUGGGCUCAGGGAGAGCCUCCUCUGGUGGGUCGUCAACAGCGCCAUCUUUGCGGUACUGUCCUGGCUCAACGGGCUGGGAGGAGCAGCAGCAGGUCGAGCUGCCUCGCCUUGGUCGUAUUGGCAUUUGGCCCUCUUGGCUUCUCUGGCCAGCGCAGAGCUAUUCCUCGUUACCGCACCUGCUCGCCCUCCUCUUCUCAGGCAGUUGUUGCCAAGGCAUACAGUCGGAGAUCUCGUCGCCGUACUGCGUCAGACGUACACGAGUACAAUCAUGGCCAUGAGGCAAAUCUUGCCCUUGCUAGGCGAUGUUUCGCCCGGUGUAGGGGAGAUUAAGACGCUUGCGGAGGCGCACAAGUUCAUCGAGGCCCUGGCGGGAGAGAUGGACAAGCUAGGCGUCGGGGCACUGCAGAUGAGGGAGCAGAGUGAUGCUGUUUUGAGGGCAGAGAUGGAGCCUUUUCAUGCGCUGGGCCAUGUUGAGGCGACAUCAUCGUCGUCAGCUAGCGGCGGCGGCGCAACCCUACGCCAACGUUCCGAUCUCGAGCGAAGCUUUGUCGACCUCAUGAGCCAGCAGCUCAUCGACCGCUCACUGCAGGCUUCGCCGGAGGUGCAGAGGGCGAUCGGAGAGCGUAGAGCGCAGGAGCAGCAGCAGCAGCAGCAAUCUUCCUCAGCGCCGUCAGCACGGCCUGGUUCAGCAGAUGCGCCCUCCUCAAUACCUCCGCCUCCGCUUCCCUUUUCCCCGGGCAAGAUCUCGCCCACCUCUCCGCCAACCUCACCACGCAGCUCCACCUCAGGCAUGAGUCUACAGCCGCGCGUCUCGGAGCGUCGGUCGAGCCUGUCCAGCAGCAAGGGAAAGAGAAGGAGUAGCUCAGGCGCAGCAGGCGCCGAAGGCGCGGAGGCAGGGGGACACAAGCGAACGCUCACGAAUGGGAGCUCGCCGUUGGUGUUCAGUAGUAGUGUGGAAAGCGAUAUGGGACAGAGAAUAGUCAGCGGCGCUGCGGUGGUGCCGAAUGGCGCGGCGUUUGGACUGGACGUGCCUGCUGGGUUGAACGGGAACGGGAUGCCAAGUGGGCAGCAGCGACAGGCGCGGGAUGGAGUGGACCCCUCGAGACAAGUCCCGCCGUAUCCGCAGUCGCCCAAGCUUGGUGGGACCAGCACGAUCACAUUCUGACGUGCUCACCGCUCAUCGUUGUAGCGAUUUCUUGCCUUGCCAGCAUACAAGAAGGCGCGCGCCCUUUCGUAGACAGCCACCGCCUCCAAUGUUCCGUCACGUGGCUGCUCAUCUCGGUCCGCUCUUUUGUGCUCGACAAUGCGAGGCGCUCUUCUUCCAUGUUUCUUUCCUACCCCUCAAUUCCCAGGCACCCACCUGCUCAAUCGCGAUCCGCAUCAGCUUCAGAAACUCAGACAAGGCCAAGGCUCCCCUCACGUCCCCCCUCCGUAUCACAACUCGAAUACCUGCCGCGGCCAUGCCUCGCUCUCGCUCCCCCUCCUCCCUUCCCCACUUCCAACCACUCCCGAAGCCCUCCCCACGUCCCUCUCAGGGCAGGUCAGGAGGGCUUUCCCCCAUUGCCACCUUCGGGUUGGUAACCGGGUAAUGGAGUGGGAAAUGAAUCAACUUC